CUAUGGCGCGGCCUCAGCAAUUCAGUUAGUUUUAGAAGAAAACGGUGGAAUCGUUUAUAAUUUUAAUAAUUCUUGCGUGUUGGUAGAUGUCAGAAUUUACGUGUUUCCAAUAAGGGUAUUAGAAAAUUGUUGCAAAUAUUCGUGCUUUGGAAAUGCGUGGAACAUUCGGUAGAAAAUUUCGAAAAAUCGAAGAAUGUGAAGAUUAUGUGAAGUCUAAGUUUCUGGUUUGCUUUGAAAGAAAUACUUUGUGUGCUGUGGACAUAAGGAUAUUUCUGAUUCUGUCUACAUCACCGGGAAAGCAGCAGAGGAUAUACAGGCCUCCAGGAGCUAUGGGGCCACAGUUCAUACCGGCCGACUCGAACGACGAACAGGACCGACUUCUGAACGAGCUGUUCAUGCCACCGUUCAGGAAAGGCUACGUCAGGGUGGGCCCUAACAAAGUACUCCUGCCACUGUACUACCUUGACUAUGCUGGACGUAUAGAGGACAUGGAGGUGCGGGACAGUGAUGUAUGGAUCGUAUCUCACCCGAAAGCAGGUACAACAUGGACGCAGGAGAUGGCUUGGGUUAUUAAUCAAGAUUUUGAUUUUGAAGGGGCCAAAGUGCCCCUGCCAGAGAGAUUUCCAUUUCUGGACCACACACCACUCUUUGACUACACCGACAUCCUUCCCAAUUUACCAGAACUUCAGCUGCCUUUGUUUGUGAGUGAUUCAGUGACAUACAUAAAUGAAAUGAAAUCUCCACGCUACAUCAAGACUCACCUACCAUGGGAACUUCUGCCCAAGCAAAUCCGUGAAGGAACCAAGAAACCAAAGAUAAUCUACGUGGCCAGAAACGCGAAGGACACUUGUGUGUCUUACUACCAUCACUGUAAGAUACUGGAAGGCUACUCAGGCAGUUUUGACAACUACUGCAAGCUUUUUCUGGGUGGAUCCUUGUGUUUUGCACCAUUCUGGCCUCAUGUCCUCAACUUCUGGAAACGUCGUGAUGAGCCCAACAUUCUGUUUCUCAAAUAUGAAGAUCUCAAGAAGGAUCUGCCAGCAGUGAUUAGGAAAACUGCCGCGUUCUUGGGCAAGGAUCUGAAUGAGGAGCAAGUGGACUUGCUUGCCGAGCAUCUCAGUUUUGCCAGGAUGAAGAGCAAUCCAGCUGUCAACUACGAGGCAGCCAUUGAAAUUAACCGCAGAUUCAACCUGACCACAGCAGAUGGUCACUUCAUGCGUAGUGGUCAGGUUGGUAACUACAAGGAGGUAAUGGGCCCAGAGCUCAUUGCUGAGUUUGACCGCUGGACACAGGAGAAUCUCGCCAAAAGUGAACUCACUUUCUAAUGCUUUUGCCAGGUAGAACGAUGCAGUGUUACGUGUUGUCAUAGACACCAAUAUUCCAACAAAUGCAAAAUUUAUUCAUGUUUCUCAAGACAUAAUUGAGUAGAUAUAUUUUCAAAUGUAUAUGUUUGUCCAUUGAUGAUGUUAACAUAUUCAAAAUUGUAUAGUUUUCAGAUUACACCACUGUGGUUGUUUCGUUU